AUGGGAAGAUACGCUGGUUUCGAAAAGGGGGGAUUGAAGAAAGGUACGUGGUCUGCUUGCGAAGACCAGGUUCUCAAGGAUUACGUCAAAAAGCACGGUCCAGGCAAAUGGGGAAAAGUAUCAAGGGAGACCGGUUUGAAGAGAUGUGGGAAGAGUGUGAGACUGAGGUGGUUGAAUUACCUGAGGCCCGGUAUCAAGAGAGGCAAGAUUACAGAAGAUGAAAAAGACCUUAUCAUCAGGAUGCACAAACUCUUAGGCAACAGGUGGUCAUUGAUAGCCGGAAGGAUUCCGGGCCGAACUGACAAUGAAAUAAAGAACUACUGGAAUUCCAUUCUAAGGAAGAACGUGGGAGAAGAAAAAGAGAGAGAAUCAGAAGUGUCGAGAAACGAGAUAAUCAAGGAGAACUUGCCAUCCCUCGCUGAGGACGAUGGUCAUCCACAUUUGACCAAAUGCGAUGAAGUUCUUGGAGGAGGAGGAGGAUUGGAUUGUUUUGCCAGUGAUGUUAAUGUAGAAGAAGAUCACCGGCAUCGUUGUCUUGGCCGUACUAGUACCGAUACUACUACACUGAGUCCCGGAGUGGGAGUCGAAAUCGGAGGAGGGGCAAACCAAGAUAUUCAACCAACAGGGGAUGAUCUCAAUUAUAACGCUAUAACCUGGAAAGAUUCGAUAAUGGAUCUGAAUGGAGGCCAACUCGACAUAUCUGAAUUCCUCCAAAGUGAUGACUUUUCGACGUUUUGGGAUUCAGAUAGGCUCAUGAAUUUUGAAAUCGGAGGUUGCAGCACCAUGAAUUAUGAUUUAUGA